UACCAACCCAGCACUGCUCCCGCCCACUGGCUAAAGCCAGAGAGCGACAGUUGACUACACCAAUGGGAUCCUCGAGCAGUAAGCGGCAGCGGAAGUGACCAAUGAAUGUGAGGUGGGUGCGAGUAAGGCGGGACUUUAAGUACGGAAGCUGCCCCGGGACAUGAAGAAAGGAACGAGAGAAAGACCCGGUGAAGGGGCAGAACAGGCGGGUUCCCUCGACCCCGGACUCUCUGUUCCCUGGCUAUGGCCCCCAGUGCGCUGUAGACCUGGCGGGACCCCCGUGCUUGCGACCCCUAUUUAGGGGUCUGGGUAGCUACUGGAGGGCCUUGCAGAGGGGCAGAGAAGGCAGGACCAUGACAUCUAGGGGCUCUGAACUUAUCCCGGGCCGCAGCGUGACGGCUGGCAUCAUCAUUGUUGGAGAUGAGAUCCUCAAGGGACACACUCAGGACACCAACACCUACUUUCUGUGCCGGACACUGCGUUCCCUAGGGGUCCAAGUUUGCCGUGUCUCUGUUGUACCGGAUGAGGUAGCCACCAUCGCAGCGGAGGUCACUGCUUUCUCCAGCCGCUUCACCCACGUCCUCACAGCAGGGGGCAUCGGCCCCACCCAUGAUGAUGUGACCUUUGAGGCAGUGGCACAGGCCUUUGGGGAUGAGCUGAAGCCACACCCUGAGUUGGAAGCGGCCAUCAAAGCCCUUGGAGUGGCAGGCUGGGAGAAGCUGUCCCUGGUGCCCUCCUCUGCCCGCCUGCAUUACGGCACGGAUCCACGCACUGGCCGCCCAUUCCGGUUCCCGCUGGUCUCAGUCCAAAACGUCUACCUCUUCCCGGGCAUCCCAGAACUGCUUCGGCGGGCACUGGAGGGACUAAAGGGACUGUUCCAAAACCCAGCUGUUCAGUUCCACUCGAGGGAGCUGUAUGUGGCUGCUGACGAGGGCUCUAUCGCCCCUAUCCUGGCGGAGGCCCAGGCCCACUUUGGGCGUAGGCUUGGCCUGGGUUCCUACCCCGACUGGGGUAGCAACUAUUAUCAGGUGAAGCUGACUCUAGACUCAGAGGAAGAGGGGCCCCUGAAGGAAUGUCUGGCCUACCUGACUGCCCAUCUACCCCAGGGAUCCCUGGUCCCCUACUUGCCCAAUGCCGUGGAGCAGGCCAGUGAGGCUGUGUACACACUCGCUGAAUCAGGGUCUUCUCUGGGGGAAAAGGUGGCAGGUGCACUACAGACCAUUGAGACUGCCCUGGCUCAGUACAGCCUCAUCCAGCUCUGUGUGGGCUUCAACGGGGGCAAGGACUGCACCGCCCUCCUGCACCUUUUCCAUGCAGCUGUGCAGAGGAAAUUUCCUGAUGUUCCAAAACCCCUCCAGAUCCUGUAUAUCCGCAGCGUCUCCCCCUUCCCUGAGCUGGAACAGUUUCUACAGGACACCAUCAAGAGGUAUAAUCUGCAGGUGUUGGAGGCUGAGGGCAACAUGAAGCAGGCCCUGGGGGAGCUCCAGGCACAGCACCCCCAGCUGGAGGCCGUCCUGAUGGGCACCCGUCGGACCGACCCCUACUCCUGCAGUCUCUGCCCUUUCAGCCCCACAGACCCAGGCUGGCCUUCAUUCAUGCGUGUCAACCCAUUGCUGGACUGGACCUACAGAGAUAUCUGGGACUUUCUGCGGCAGCUGUUUGUUCCGUACUGUAUCCUGUAUGACCGAGGGUACACAUCGCUGGGGAGUCAGGAGAACACGGUGCGCAACCCAGCCCUGAAGUGCCUGAGCCCGGGUGGACACCCCACCUACCGUCCAGCCUACCUACUAGAGAACGAAGAUGAAGAGCGGAACUCCCGCAUGUGACCUCCCACUCAGAAGGGUGGGGCAGGGGCUGUCCUAGGCUGUCCCCUGUUUCAAUAAACUGUGCCUCUCACUGUG